AGAUCUUCCUGCAUGGACAGUCGUAAACAAGCACUACACCACACAACUUUUCAAAUGUUUUAUAGUUUUUUGGGAUGGGGGUAUAUCAAUAGGUUUGUAGAUUUUGGGAACUAAAUAUCGUUUUGGAGAAUAAAAACCGUGAGCUAGCUAGCCGGAUAACUAACGUUAGCUAGCCAUCACUGAUGUGAGAGGGUUGCUAGUCAGCAGCAGACAGCAUGUCGGUCCAUUUUGAAGAGAGAAGCGGUGUUAUUCCCUGUAAAACACCAUGGGGAAGCUGGUCACAAACCAUGGAAGAGGUAUUUAUUGAAGUAAAUGUACCGCAUGGGACGUCUGGCAAAGAAGUAAAAUGCAAUCUGGGCUCAAAACAGAUAGAACUACAUGUCAAAGGACAACAAGUCUUCAAGGGUAAAUUAUUUGGCACUACAGUUGCUGAUGAAGGAACAUGGACAUUAGAGGACAAGUGCAUGGUCCGGAUAGUGCUGAUGAAGACGAACAGAGAAGCAGGUAAUUGCUGGGCCUCUCUGCUUGAGGGAGAGUACUGCGCUGACGCCUGGGUCCUGGACCAGAUGCAGAGAAAACUAACUCUGGAGCGGUUCCAAAGAGAGAACCCUGGAUUUGAUUUCAGUGGAGCGGACAUCUCUGGGAACUUUGCAGGUGGUGGGCCUGACUUCUCAAGCUUGCGGAAGUGAAGUGACCAAUUGUUGAACAGCAAGUGUCCAGCCACUAGAGUACAAUAUGCCUGAUCCCAGUGUCAAAUGAACACUUGAGACCUAAAUACGGUCUGGGAGUGAAGACUUACCAUGAACAGGAAGAGCAGCUUUUGGACAGAGUUCUGGAACAUUGGUUUGAAUAACAGUAUUUAAUAAUUUGAAGCUCUACUUCACUGUAAGCCAUAAAAUACAGCCUUUUGAGUUAAAAUUGGAUUUUACCAAACCUUGACUUUCAUAAUAGUAAACUUGUGGAUUUUG